AUUGACGGCCUCGGCACCUUCCAGGACGGCGGCUUAGUGGCCAACAACCCGUCCUCGAUCGCGCUGCAAGAGGUGGCCCCCUUUUCCCUGAAGCGCCACACCCAAGCCUUCUAGCCUCGAUGGGCACAGGCUCCUCCUCGAGCUCGCCCAGCGGCGGGUGGUGGGACUGCUUCCUCUUCCGCCUGGCGCGAGCGUUCCGGAACCGGGACAAGAACGACUGGCAGCGGGUCGUCGCACAGAAGAAGGUGGGUCGAUUCGGUGAGUUCUUCCGCUUCGAUGUCGAGUUCGACGGCUCCGAGCCGCCAUUGGACAGCCUGUCCAGCUUCGACGACGAAGAAGAUGAUGGGUGCACCUUUGAAGGCCUCCCCGCCCUGAGACGUCUGAGAUUGUGCGCGAGGGCAGAGCUGUUCGUCUUUGAGCUGCAUGCUUCGCGUCCGUACCUGUUCUCCGACGGGGGGUACGAUUGCCGCGGGCAGAUUUGUUGCCGGCUGCGCGCUCGCUCCGAGAGCCUGACGGCGUUGAUGCGGCAGCUCGCGAGCGGCAAGGCGUAUUUCCGCGUCGGCGGCCAUAAGGUAGCUUGUGAUUUUGCGUCAUACCCGGCGGCGUUCCUAGAUGGUCAUUUCCGUCUGGACGUGAAGUUUCGCGUGGCCAGUCUGCAGGAGUCGCUCGCCAUUUGCCUAUGGGAGACCGCCGAUGAGGGUCGCGACAUCAGCGGCUCGCCGUUUACCGUGCAGCAGCUGGUGCGGAGCCAAAAGCUCGAGCAGUGCUUCGGCACCUCUGAUCAUCGUAAGAAACGGCGACGGGACGAUGACGACGACGAAGACGAGGGCGCAAGCCGCAAGCAGCCGAGAUUCAAGCGGUAGGGUGUGUGGUUGGUAGAAAAGGAAAGGACGUAUGCCGGUUCCUCUGAAUUGAUAUGCGUAGCGUAGCUAAGAAGAAUGAAUUUUUUGGGCUAAGGCUUAUCUUUAAACGCAGCAUCACUGCAGGCGAAUCCAUGCCGCUGCGCUUCGCCUGCGCAGUGCGAAUAUGGUACUCCGUCACGCUGAUCCUUUGCUCAAACUUUCAAGCAAUAUAGCCAUUGACUUUGGGCCAAUUACAAGGAUGCUCUAUGGGUAGUCGUCCGCUCAGAAACAGCGUGAAGUGAAGUGUUUCUCAGACUGACAUAAUUGCCGCAAAAACAGACCGCAUGGAGGUAGGGAGACUUUGAUCCCGCCUUCCUUGAUUGCUCCAGCAGUGGAUGGCUAACGUGGUCCGAGCUUCUCUGACCAUC